UAUCUCUCGCUCGCUCGAGUCUUCCCACCAUCACCAUUCCCGCAGUAACUUGUUCAGCGGCAACGGUGACGGUCAGAGACCACAGAGAUCAGCUGAACUCAUUUAGACUUGGUUUGCAUCUUUGAUCUCUUCAACUGACUCCGACCAGUCGUACGGUCUCAUUCACUUUUUUCGCCUAGUCAAAUUUGGUGGAUAUUUGUCCCGUUUAAACCCAGAGCAACUCUACUAUCAAAAUGAAAAGACAUAUAGAGUGGUUCACUGGACCCGAUCAGACGUUGAAGGAUCGCUCUCGGUUCUGGACUUGGAACAUGCGCGGACUUCAUGGCGAUAUGGAUACAAGAUACGAGGGCGAUCGCCGUUCAUCAACGCAUACGGGACCUGCAGGCCGUCACCUCUACACUAGCUCAGAGCCGAGCGGUUUCAACUUCCGUCCACUAGCCUCCAACACCUACGGCUACCACCCGAAAGGUGUUUCUCUUCAUCGUAGACCGGAAGCCGGACUAGCCGCCCAGCACGCCUUGGCUCACGAAAUGGCUCCCGUCGUGGACAACAAACGCCCUAACUGGUCCACAUCGCUGAAACCGUUGGACGACGUGAUGCUGAUGCGCGAACCCCGCUCGGCUUCGGUCCCCCCGCGCCGUUCCAUGCUUCCCGCUGGUAGUUCCCUUCGCGGCAUGCCGAUCGAUCCGGCUCUGGACGACUUGCUCAAUAACCGGACCUGGUCAGAGACGCGUACCGCUUCGCCAGAAGAAUUGGAUGAAGCCGAGAAGGCCUUACACAAAUUGAAACAGAUUGUCGGCUUUUGUAAGCCAUACGACAGACACUGUCAUAACGCAAUCGGAAGCGUUGAAGAUAUCCUCCGUAACGUCGAAAGGAACUCCGAGAAAGCUGCUAUGAUGGCCUCCAAGUUUUCUCCUGAACCGAAAUCUGUCAAAUUCGACCCGCGUUACAUCGAUUGAUGUAUUUGGCUUGAUCAAAACUUUUAUUUUUUUAUUUUUCACUUGUUUUUUUUUUCUUCUUUAUACCUAUCUGACUUUUAAAAAUGUCAUGAUUCAUUACAACGUACAUCAUAGAUUUUGUUGUAGCGUAGUUUAUGAAUUAGUUCAAGGAUUAUAGCACAUCUUUUAUAGUCAACUCGCUGCCCCUUCAUACCCAGAACAAUUUAGACGUCUCGAAUGUUCAUCAUUCUUUGUAAGUCUGCUUCUUAUUUUUCCUUCAAGCCUUACCAUCUGUUUCAAUACAUCGACUGACCAGGGAAUUGAAUCGCUAGUAGGAUUAUUUUUUAUUUCAACGUGGCGGCGUUAGAGUACACAAGGAUUUACGUUUAUCGAUUAGGAGUUAUGGGCUUAUACAGUAUUACUAAAGAAUAUGUAUUAGAAGCAGUAUUAUGUCCCAAUUCACGUAUAUUUAGUUCAGUUUCGUUGCAAGUAAUUGUGCUCUGCAGUGCUGAGACCGAAGGUUGGAAUCAUGAUUGCACUUAAACAAAAAUAUGAUUUGUCCUUUUCUUGAUUGUUUUAAAGACUUAGCAACAAUCCGUUAUACACGACUUACUAUAGUAGCGUGCCACGUUGUCUCACUCUUCGUCUUGUCAAAACUGAGACCUUUAUCAGCAUUGAAUAUAGUCUACCUUUAAGUGUGCUAGGUUAUGCCUGGUAUGUUUGAUUGUUGGAUUAAUAUGUUUAUAGAAAACAUGAACCCCAGUAUUUAAAAAAUGCAUGUGUAUUGUAUCAUUUGCCUGUAAUUUUUUCCCCCAGCAAAUUAAGAAUCAUAUUAUUAACGAGGGUUUGGUUACUUCCUGCGAAAAUACAUGGGAUGUCAUUUUUUUUUUUAAAUUCAACAGCAGAUUAAAAAUUUGAGCUUAUGACAACCCAAGUGCUGAUUCUUGCAAAGGUGUACAAGAUUCAAAAGAAGUUGCCAAUCCCUUGAUUUCCGGUUUGUCACUCCUUUCCUAGAACGAGCAUGUCGUGCCGAAAAUCUUUUUCCUGGUGCAUGUCAUGAAUAAUAGCUUGAGUGUUUUGAUUUAGUUUUGGACAAAAUGGUUUUCAAUUAAUUAAUUUAGUAAUCAUGCAUCUCAGGCUUUCCUGCCUCCCUCCCCAC